AAUUCAUCUUCUCAAUCUCGUCCACCUCGUCUCCUCCUUUUCAGUUUGCCCGGAACUUCGAGGUAUAUAAUCUAACAUCGGUUCUACUCCUUAUGCGCUUUCCUUCAUUCCCCAACCUCGUCCGUACCCUCUACACGCUCAGCAACGCUACUGCACGACUACAAUCACCGCUGCGGGGCAACACCUAUAUCUCACCCUUCUCCCGCACCGCUGUACUCAGGUCGAUGCCCUCAUUGCCCUUUCUGAGCUCGUUCUUCGGCACAUCUGCUCCUGCUUCUGAAACAAUGUCAUAUUCAGACGGCCGGUCCAACGAUGAGUGGAGAGCCGUCCUGAAUAAGGAACAAUUCCGCGUCCUCCGCGAAAAGGGCACCGAAGCUCCCUUCACAGGCGAAUACGAUAAGCACAUGCCCUCUCAAGGCGUCUACACUUGCGCUGGGUGCAAUGCACCACUCUACAAGGCAAAUCAUAAGUUUAAAUCGGGCUGCGGAUGGCCCGCCUACUUCGACAGCCUGCCUGGCGCUGUGACGAGACAUACGGACAACACCUUUGGCAUGGAGCGGACCGAGAUAGUGUGUUCGAACUGUGGAGGCCAUUUGGGACACGUUUUCAAGGGAGAGGGCUAUCCGACGCCGACGGACGAGAGGCACUGUGUGAACAGUAUCAGUUUGAAGUUCCAUGAAAACGAGGAUGCAGCGGCGGGGAAUGGGCAAGCGAAGUGAGCGCUUACAUGAAGAAGAUGUGAACCACGUUGUAUGAGAGCAUCGACAGUGAUUCCUUGUACAUGAAUGACACGAAUAUAGAGGUAUGAAGCAGCAACCUACGGACAGAGACAGACACCAUUAAUGCGUAAGGACUACUCCUGUGUGAUUCUUCAAUCGUUGAAGCCUCGUCUCGAGAAGGACUGACGAGCGACUGUGGGUUUUUGACAGCUUUAGGUACUUCAGAUUCAAGCAGCAACGUAUCUUGUACAGUCUCCAUACAGAGGUGACGAUGCAUCUCCGCACUGGUAUAGCAUCUCGUUGGCAUGUCACUUUUAGCAUGAUCUCAGAAGGCACAUAACGGGAAAUGUGACGAGACCAGCUCAAUCGGGAGCCACGCGCCCUUAGGGGUUACUGCUCUCGUCCCUCUCUUCUCAUCAUAGCUGGAAUGACCCCUUUCGAGAUAGCAAUCUUCCUUCGUUCCUUUUCUUCAGCUGAUGAGGACCCCAGCACCUACACCUGUGU